CCAUAUGGAAAUUUUUUUCUCUUUUGAAGCUUUUUUUCUGAAUCUUAAUUUUUUAUUCUGUUGUAAUUGAACUAAUUGUUGUUCUUUAUUUUAAUUGUUUCUUAAUUAGCAUGAGAAUUUAACUAUCUAUCUAUUGGAUAAACUGUUGCCUUUUAAAUUCUCUUUGUGUCAUGUCUUCUGUUCCUGGUAAACGCGGUGGUAAAUCAAAGGUUCCCCUACCAGCGACCAGUAGCUUGUUCGCCCUCGGUGGUACCGUAGCUAAAAGGCCAAAAGUAUUGAUCGGUGGUUCCAGUGGUGGUGGUGGAAGCUCCGGAGAGUCAAGUAGAUUAGGUUCUGGCCAUGGAUCUAAAUCUCUAGAUAAACCUUCUGAUGAAUGGGAAGAUGUUUCCAUUGAUGUUGAACCCGAGUUUCUGAUAAAACGGAUUGUUGAAGCCGAGGGAACAAUUCAUGAGCCCAAAAUUGCAAAUUACAUUUGUGGUGCUGUUAAACAACUUCGAUCGAGUAAAAUUAAACCUGAUUCAGUUCUAUUUUUAAGUCUAGUUUAUUUGGCGAAAACUAGACCUUCACAUUUUACUAGUGAAAAGGUUGUCGAUGCGAUGUGUUCACUUCUCCGCCGGGAAUCGCCAUCUUCUUCCAGCUCAUUUAAGGUUAAAGUAAAUUCCAAUGUAACAAUUUGCUCAGCUUUAGCUGCUAAUCUCUUACUUGCUGCUCAUCUUGAUGAACCCAAUUGGCAUCUAUCAUUUAUCAAGGCCUACAUAGAGGAUUCUCUUGGUGAACGUAUUUGGGUUGAUUCUGAUUUUUGCCGUGGCUUUGUUGACAAUAUACUGACCGCUUUUAAUACCAAAAAUCCGCCCAAGAAUUUAAUGUCUCAAGAUAUUCUUGCCGCUGUUACCGGUGGCACUGUGACAACCCCUUCAUCUUCAACUGGACCACUAAUUGGUGGUAUUAAAGGAACCAAUGAAUCUCCCAUAUCAACUAGUCCAAGUCACGCUUCUGAGGAUAAUAAUGAUGAAACGAGUAGUUUGUUUUCCUCCGGGUUGAAAGAUGUUUUCGGUGAAGAGCUUCCGGUUGUACCUCGAUAUAAUCACAACCAACAAGUUGUUUAUGAUUAUGUUUAUGAUAUUAUCAAUGAACAAUUAACCCGACGUCAGGUACCAUCGGAAAUCAAUCGAAAUGUACUCAAAUUGUUAAUAUCUACAGUUGGUAUACCACAGAUUCGGCUUUUGGUCGCUCAAAAGUUGGAAAUUUGGCUACAAAAUCCAAAACUAAGUCGACCCGCUCAAGACCUUUUACUAGCGGUCUGUGUAAACUGUACCGAAGAGGAUAGUGAUGUGAUCUCCGCUCUGGUUAAAAUGCGACUUAAAACCAAAGUUCUAAUGAAUCAUUUCUUUGUUUGUAUUAAAGAACUUUUGAGUCAAAGUGAUGGUAACAUUAUGAUUGUCCUUCGAAAUGCGAUCUCAAUUGAAUUUUCCAAUAAUCGAGGAUCAAGCAACAUGCACCUGAUUGCGGUCAUUUUUCAACAUUCAUCUAACAAAGCGACCAAAUGUUUGGCUCAUUUGAUACAAGAAUUUUUAAUCAAAGAUGAUUUUCUCCGACAAAUUCGCCAUCUUCUCCGUGAAAUUGUCAAAGCACUUAAACAUGAGCACAUUAAUCUAGUUAAACUGGUCGAUGUUCUAACAACGGAAAACUCUCGAGUUGCAGUUAUCGAUGUACAAGAAGUUUUGUCCCGAGUAUUGACCUCAAUUGCCGAUAUAAUCGUUCUCUGUAUGUUCCUCACUGUUUACCCAGUCGCUCGUGAAUCAAUGUCCAAACCAACACGAAAAGAUAUUCUCAAAACAAUCUCUGGUCAAAUUGCUGAGAUGCAACGAUUAGCAAUCAUUUGGAUGCAAAAAGUUGUCGUUAAAAUUUACAAACCCGAUAGAGGUGAAUACAUGCACUGUCUAAAUAAAUGUCUUCUCAUGGAAAUACCUGAACAUUAUUACAAUAAGGACAAUUGGCCUGCAGAAUCUGAAAGAGCGGCCAUGUUUCAAUGUACCACGAAGGUUCCCGUUCACGAGGAUAGUCUCAUUAGAAUAUUAAAAAUGGGAUUAUCCAAAGAUUAUCCUGUCCAAUCACCGGAAGCGAUUGAACUAUCCGAUGCUCUAAUUAAACGAGCAGCAGCCAUUUAUGAUGGAGACGUGACCAAUCCCACUCUUCCCAUUAAAAAGGACGAUAUUUUUAAUCUAUUGCUUAAAAAUUCAAUCUACCGGAUACCCGAAAAUAUAACACUUCCUUCAGGAUAUGAAGCACCUUCCCUGGCGAUUAACGAUUGGUAUUGGAAAGUUUGGUUACAAUUGUUGAUCAUUGUGGCUCAUAAUGCAGCUAAAUUUGGUUCCAUGGCUUGGGAAAAUUACCCGACUCUUGCUUUAAUCAUUGAAAUGUGUAUAACUAAUCAUUUUGAAUUUCCACCAACGACCCGAGCAAAUGAGGAUCUAAAAGGUCACGAGCAACAAAUUGUCGCAAUUGAAAAGCAGCAGAUUUUACAAUUUGAAAUACAUUUAGCGGCUGCAUCAAGUAAACGUCAUAUCACCGAGGGAAAUAGUUUACUUUUAAGCAAAUUGAUAACCUUUGACCCACAAGGUAAACCAAGACAGCCUCCGAUCAUGGUACUGGAAACGCUUAAAAGUAUCAAUGCCGGUCUAAGAAUUGGUUAUUGGCUUUGUCAAAGUCGAAAUCCUGAUUUUCUACUUGAAAUAAUUCAACGUCAACAGCGUCAAAAUAUUUGCUCAGCCAAUUUAAAUCUUGGUCUUGGUACAAUGCAAUGGUUAAAUGAUUUAAUCGAAAUGAAUUGUGACAAUUUAGCAAGUUUACCCGUUCAGUGUUUAGGUGAAUUUACUUUACGCUACAUAAAUGACGAGGAAAAUGUCAACAUUUUCACAGAAUCUAAACAAGCCGAAAAACCUAAAAGAAAGGAAAAGCGACGAAAAUUUUGUAAACUAUUGAGCUACUUUCAAACGGCCCUUAAUCGUGAUGUUGUUGUGGCCAAGCAAUUAAUGGAAUACUUUAUGGGUCGUCUCUGUUCACCUCAAUCAUCACUUCGAGGUUUAGUCGCUAAAGCGUUGAAUUUGGUCCUGUGUUUCAAUGAAAGUAUGGCCGAAAAUUUGUCCUACCUUUUAAAGCCCAACGUUGAAACCUGGUUAUUGGGCAAUUUACCGACAACGGAAAACUUUCAAUCGGUCAAAAAGAUAGCCUGUAUUUGCUUACGUUCUGCAAUUCUAGUUGAAACGGAUCCCGAAUCAGUUUGCUGUUACAUUCAAUUUCUAGCUGAAUAUGGUAAACCCGGAGAUACACAGACCGUUUUUGACCUUGCCCGACUAAUCAUUGAUCGACAAGCACUAUUCAAAUAUAUCACAAAGGAUCCACAUUUUCGUGAUGAUUUCCUUUUCUCAUGUAUUAAACUUUAUUAUGAUUACAUGAUUUCAUUGGAGAAUCAAGUUAAAGAGGAAUGGGAAACGGAAAAUCAAUCAAGUAACGAACUAGUUUUAGUUAAAUGGCCAACCCAUUCAGCAGUAAUUCAUACACUUUACAUUCAAGGUUUACUUGUACUGUUAACCUGUGAACCACCAUUAUCAGCACUUGAUCAAUACAACAGACUGAUUACCAUGUGGUUUACUGAUUCAAUGCCAAGAGGAAUAUUAGUUAAAACUCAAGAAGAGGCUCCUCUGUUAAAUGAUUGGAUAAGACUUAAAUUGUUACGAUCAGCAUCACCACUUAUAAUCGAAGCGGCACUUCGAGAUCUUGAAACUCACCAGUUGGUCAUGUUUUUCCAAUCAUUUGGCUUACCCGCUGCCUCCAUGCAAAGGCUACUCGAAGCUCUUGAUUGCGCCUCUGAAACUGAUCCGGAAACAGUUAAAAGUUACCUGGUUGAUAUUGGACUUGCCCAGGCCACAAUUGAAGUCCAAUGGAUGCGAGGAGUUAAAUCGGGCAAGAAAUUUGCUAACAUGUUGGGAUAUGAUUUCACCGUUGCUCAGAAUCCAAUUCAACCACCAGACCCAUUUCAAGUAAUCAGUUGUUAAUUGUUACAACAUAUUCAUCGCCAUUUUAAGUAAAAAGCCACAAAUCAAAACGUAAAAAUUUAAUCUAAUAAUUCAACUAAAUUGUCAAUGUUUCCAAUCAAUUUUUUGAUACUUUUUUUUAGAAUUGAAUCAAAGUGAGAUGAUCUCUUUAUGCUAAAUCAUCUGGACACUAUAUUGUAUAUAAUUAACUCAUAAAAUCCACAAAAUUAACCAGCAUUAAUUAUAAAAAUGUAAUUGUAACAAAUGACAUAUCCUUAACAAUUGGAAUAAAUAUUGAAGACAAUGAUUUGAA